CAUCACCAAAUAAAAAACCAAACCCAUGUCUUUUAUUUUCAUUAUUUUUCUCAAAAAAACACAAUAAAACAAAAAGACACAGAUUUCGUUAGAGAGAGAAAAACCUCGAUCCAAAUUGUUCUUCUAAACAAGCUUCCAAAUUCCAACCAUAUUCAACAAUCUCCACAUUGCAACCACUCUCAUGUUACUUUUUUGAUUGAAAGCUAAGUUUUUUUCCCCCUUUUUUUCUGAUGUAACAAAGUGUGCAUGUGAAGACAAGGACAUUACCUAUAGAGUGUUCCUUAAACACACAGCAAAAUUCCAUGUUAUUGAUUGUUGAAAGCAUACACUCCUUUCAAUCAUCAUUGUUUUCCCAUUUGGUGGGGCUUCUGAGAUCUCAUUAUCUCAAAUGUAGGUUCAAUUAGGGCUCUUAAGAUCUUCUAUUCUGUAUAAAUGGCUUUGUUUCGGAAGUUCUUUUAUAAGAAACCCCCUGAUGGCCUUCUUGAAAUCACUGAAAGGGUUUAUGUGUUUGAUUACUGUUUUACGACGGAGGUUAUGGACGAAAGCGAAUACAAAGGGUAUAUAGGAGGAAUAAUUAGGCAAAUUGGCGAGCAUUUCCCCGAUGCUUCGUUUAUGGUGUUCAACAUGAGGGAAGGAGAGCACCAAAGCCAUAUAUCGAACAUUUUGUGCGACUAUGACAUGACUGUGAUGGACUAUCCUAGACAGUAUGAAGGUUGUCCGUUACUUACGAUGGAAAUGAUUCAUCAUUUCUUGAGAUCGGGUGAAAAUUGGCUUCAACUCGGACAACAGAAUAUCGUCUUGAUGCAUUGCGAGCGAGGUGGGUGGCCGGUUUUAGCGUUUAUGCUGGCUUCACUAUUGAUUUAUAGGAAAAUGUUUACGGGGGAACAGAAAACAUUGGAUAUGAUAUAUAAGCAAGCGCCUCGGGAACUUUUGCAGUUGAUGUCACCGUUGAAUCCUUUACCUUCGCAGUUAAGGUAUCUUCAAUAUAUAUCAAGAAGAAAUGUUGGUUCCGAAUGGCCUCCUUUGGAUAGGGCGCUUACGUUGGAUUGCGUAAUUAUAAGACAGAUUCCUAAUAUGGAUGGAGACGGUGGUUGCCGUCCUAUAUUUAGGAUAUACGGACAGGACCCUUUUAUUCCCGCUGAUCGGACUCCAAAAGUUCUCUUCUCUACUCCAAAAAAGAGCAAACUUGUUCGGUACUUUAAACAGGCUGAUUGUGAACUUGUGAAGAUUGACAUCCAUUGUCAUGUUCAAGGCGAUGUUGUACUUGAGUGUAUUAGUUUAGAAAGUGAUUUGGAACGUGAACAAAUGAUGUUCCGUGUGAUGUUUAAUACAGCAUUCAUAAGAUCAAAUAUUUUGAUGCUCAACCGCGAUGAAAUCGACAUGUUAUGGAAUGCUAAAGAUCACUUUCCUAAAAAUUUUAGAGUAGAGGUUCUUUUCUCAGAUAUGGAUACUUCUUCGUCUUCUGAUAUUUCACUCGAUCUUCCUCCUCCUCGUACGGAGGAGAAAGAAGGUCUACCUGUUGAAGCAUUCGAUAAAGUUAAGGAAAUUUUCAGCAACGUUGAUUGGCUCGAUCCGAAGACAGAUGUAGCAAAUAUGCUCCAACAGAUCACGUCAUCGAAUAUCCUUCUAGAAAGAUUGGACAGCGGAGCUUCUUCUGGUUCACCAAACACCGUGCUAAACGAGUCAUUCUCCGGAAGAUUAAAAUUUGAUUCCAAGACACAAAAGGAAACGAGCAAUCUGAAAUCUUCCGAUCACGAGGAACUUCCGGACUCUCCAUUGCAGUCAUCUGAAGAUGCUACCAAGGAAAAAAUGCUUGAACCGAAAUUGGCAUCAAAAGAGAAAAUCAAGACUCCUGCGAGUUUAGGUCAAGCGGUCAAGCCUAUUCCUUCAUUUGAUCCGUCAAAAGAUUCAGAUUCUACUAAAAUAGAAACUAAAUCAUCAGAAUCAAAACAAUCAUCGGAAAAGAAAGGAUCGUUGGAAUCUGAGAAAAAAAAUAUUGUCUCGUUAGCAUCAAAGGAGGCGGUAUUGAAAAAAGACACCGUGUUUCCUGCAUCGGAAUCUUCUACUGUUGCAACCCCGGUGAAAAAUAUUAGACUGUCGGGAUCGAAAGAAAAGGAGGUUGAAUCAUUAGACUCAGAGGUUCGGUUGAAAAAUGAUAGCAGACCUAAGUUUGAUCCAAAGACUCAGCCAGAAGUUGAGAUAACAAGUCUGAAAUCUGCAGGUCAAGAGAAAUUUUCAGUACCGUCGUUAGAAUCAUUCGGUGAUGCUACCUUGGGAAAGAAGAAAGAACCCUUAGAUUUAAUUGAUCAGGGGAAACAACAUAUUCACUCAGUUGGACUCCCAUCAGAUUCAAAUCUUACUGAAAAGAAGAUUGAAUCGUUAAAAUCAAAGGCCCCGGUGGAUAAUCUUACUAAGCUUCCUAUGUCUACGGCUCAAGGGAAACAAUAUAUUCCGUCAGCUGCUCCAUCCUCGGAAGCGAAUUCAUUGGAACAGACGGUGGAGAAAUCGAAGUCAAAGAAAAAGGAUACCGAAUCAUUAGAAUCGAAUGAUACUAAGUUUCCUAUGUCUACGGCUCAAGGGAAACAAUCUACUUCCUUGAUUGCACCAUCCACGGAAAAAGAUUCAACGGAACAGACGGUGGAGAAAUUGAAGUCGAAGAAAAAGGACACUGAAUCAUUAGAAUCAAAGUCAUUGUUGGAAAAUGAUACCAAGUUUCCUAUCUCUAUGGCUCAAGGGAAACAACAAUCUAUUCCCUCGAUUAAACCAUCCGUUGAAGCAGAUUCAACGAAACAGACGACGGAGAAGUUAAAGUCAAAGAAAAAGGAUACUGAAUCAUUAGAAUCAAAGUCAUUGUUGGAAAAUGAUACCAAGUUUCCUACAUCUAUGGCUCAAGGGAAACAACAGUCUAUUCCCUCGAUUAAGCCAUCCGUGGAAGCAGAUUCAACGGAACAGACGAUGGAGAAGUUAAAGGCAAAGAAAAAGGAUACCACAUCAUUAGAAUCAAAAUCAUUGUUGGAAAAUGAUACCAAGUUACCGACGUCUAUGGCUCAAGGGAAACAACAAUCUAUUCCCUCGAUUGAACCAUCCGCGGAAGCAGAUUCAACGAAACAGACGAUGGAGAAGUUAAAGUCAAACAAAAAGGAUACUGAAUCAUUAGAAUCAAAGUCAUUUUUGCAAAAUGAUACCAAGAGGGAACAAUCAGUUCCUCCUGUAAUUCAAACGUCGAUGGAUUCAAGUUCAAAGAAAACAAUGAUUGAAAAAUCAGAAUCCCCAGCAUUGUCGAAAAAUGAUAUUAAGAGUCAUGUAUCGAUGGUUGAUAAGAAACAAACUAGUCCCUUCGUUGAACCCGGCGUUGAUGCAAAAUCAAUUAAAAAGAAGAUUGAUCCUCAAGAAUUGCAGGUUUCUCUUCAGCUACCUACGCAAUCUAAAAUAAUUUCUCCAAGGAUGCAUCAAGCUAUUCGACCGGCUUCAGCUUCAGCUUCUUAUGCUUCUAACCCCUUACUAGGUUCACCUGUAGCCAUCUCAAGAUAUCACAGUGCACCAUCGGCUCUCGGAAUAACAAGCGUGUUACAAGAUCAUACACUGAUGGAUAGCAAAGAAGAACCCACUCAUGCAGUGUCGAUAUCCGCUCCUUCAGAUUCAAAGGUUCCAAAAUCUGCAGAGCCUUGUUCUACAAGUAUUCCUACAACAUCAUCAUCGUCGGCAUUGCUUCCAUCUUUGCCUUUAAAGUCUUCAGUGGAUCCUCCUGCUUCUGUCGAAAAGACUAUUAAGCCACUCGUCCCUAUUCCUCCUCCUCCACCUCCGCCGCCACCUCCUCAUCAAGAACUUACUUCAAAUUUGACGCAAUCUACUAUUCCUGUCACACAAUACAGUGAAAAUUCAAUGCACGAUAAAAACCGGAUAUCAUUGGCUCCUCCUCCUUCUCCCCCUUCUUCGUCCCUCAUUGAAACAUCUCUUUCCACUGUCAAAGAUUCAUCUAAAGGUCCUCCCCCCCCACCUCCACCACCACUUCCAUCUUCAACUGUACAAACUUCAUCGUCGUCAAUACCUCCACCUCCCGUUCCUCCUCCACAAAAUACAAACAAUUCCAUUUCUAUGCCCGGCCCUCCUCCUCCACCUCCACCUCCAAGUCAAUCUGGCUCGGCACCAUUAGCGCCACCACCACCUCCUCCUCCUAUUUCUGCAUCCCAAAAUUCUAAAAGCGCUCCAAAUGUUCCACCUCCACCUCCUUCUGCCAAUGGAUUAUCAAAACCUGGCACUGCCUCAUCGCAGUCUCCAGCAGUUCCUAGACCACCGGGAAAUGCACCUCCGGCUCCUGGACCUCCUGGAAACGUGCCUCCAAUUCCUGGACCACCUUCCGGUGCAUUUGGUGCAAAGGGACGUGGAAUGUUGCGAGCUAAUGCAAAAACUCAGACUAAAAGAAGCAACCUGAAACCUUACCAUUGGUUAAAGUUAACAAGAGCCAUGCAUGGUAGCUUGUGGGCCGAGACACAGAAACUCGAUGAAGCUUGUAGGGCUCCAGAGUUUGACAUGACAGAGCUUGAGAGUCUUUUUUCAGCAGCCACUCCGAAUACUAAUAAUGAAAAAGGAGGAAAAUCAAAUCGCCGUUCAGCGCAAAAACCCGACAAAGUUCAAAUAAUUGAACUCAGACGGGCGUAUAACUGUGAGAUUAUGCUUACAAAAGUCAAAAUCCCAUUGCCUGAUUUAAUGAGUAAUGUUCUCGCAUUGGACGAUUCCGUAUUAUAUGUUGAUCAGGUUGAGAACCUUAUAAAGUUCUGUCCGACUAAAGAAGAGAUGGACCAGCUCAAGGCCUACACUGGAGAUACGGAAAACUUGGGGAAGUGUGAAAAGUUCUUUUUAGAACUAAUGAAAGUUCCAAGAGUGGAGAGCAAGCUAAGAGUUUUCUGUUUUAAGAUGCAAUUCUGCUCGCAGGUUUCAGACCUCAAAAGGGACUUGAAUAUUGUAAAUUCCGCAUCGGAACAGAUAAGAAAUUCCGUCAAAUUGAAAAGAAUCAUGCAGACCAUUCUUUCCCUCGGUAAUGCUUUGAACCAUGGAACCGCAAGAGGUGCUGCGGUUGGGUUUCGAUUAGAUAGUCUUCUUAAACUCACUGAUACACGAGCCCGAAACAACAAAAUGACCCUCAUGCAUUAUCUUUGUAAGGUGCUAGCUGAAAAGCUUCCGGAACUUUUGGAUUUCCAUAAAGACCUAGUCAGUUUGGAGGCUUCAACCAAGCUACAAUUGAAAUAUCUGGCAGAAGAAAUGCAAGCUAUUAGUAAAGGACUGGAGAAAGUAAUUCAAGAACUGUCUGCAUCGGAAAACGACGGGCCAGUGUCAGAAUGCUUCUGCCAGAUUCUGAAAGAAUUUCUUAGUCAUGCCGAAGCUGAAGUGAGGUCUUUGGCUCAGCUUUAUGCCAAUGUGGGUAGAAAUGCAGAUGCAUUGGCGCUAUAUUUCGGAGAAGACCCGGCACGUUGCCCGUUCGAACAAGUUGUAUCUACACUGCUGAACUUUGUGAGGAUGUUCAUCCGAGCACACGACGAAAAUUGCAAGCAAAUUGAAUACGAAAAGAAGAAAGCUGAUAAGGAAGCUGCAGAAAACGAGAAAUUGAAGGUAGCUGCGAGAAACGAGUCCAAACCUAUGAUGAGGACCACCAUCAAGAGUGGUGAUGUUAAAUAAUCAGACAUUUUUACAAGGCCUCAAGCUUCUGAAGAUUUUCUGUACAAUAUAGUUUUGAAGACGGUAAAGAAAUUCGUGUACUCGGCAAUAGCAAUGUAAAUGCUGAUCUAAUGGUGUGUUUUCUUUAACAUAAGAUAGAGUAGUGUUUAACUUUUAUUUUCAAUGUGAGCAUUUAGAGGCACCAAUACUGAAAUUUUCUUGGUUUAUGCUCCAUUGCUACAUGAACUGAUGAAGACAAAUGCUUUGUAAAUAUCAAGGUAUUGCUUAGAAUACAAGUUACAAAUUUUGGCGAGUCA